AGUGCAGCCAGUGUCAGUUUUUGCUGAUAAAUGCAGUUUGUGAGUUUACCGUGCGGCGUUGAGGCGCAAUGAUAAACCGAAAUUCUGUGAUACAUAUUUACCUGUUUUUAAUAUAUUUAUUAUUGUAUAAUGAAGCAAAAUCAUAUCGCGCUGUGGUCGUUAUUCAUGGCAUACUCACCGGCAGCGACAGUAUGGAACUUAUUGGGAACAGGAUCCAGGAGAUGCACCCUGGAACUCCGGUUUAUAAUACUGUCAGAUUCGCAGGCUGGAGUAGCUUAGAACCAAUGUGGCAACAGGUAGAAGAAAUAGGCACUGAUGUUAUUUCUAUAGGUGCUGCAUUUCCCGAGGGAAUUAAUUUAAUUGGCUAUAGCCAAGGUGGUUUAUUAGCUAGGGCGAUAUUGCAAAGGUUUCCUGAGCAUAAUGUGAGAAAUUUUAUUUCUUUGAGCUCACCGCAAGCAGGGCAGUACGGAACACGUUUCCUGCGUUUAAUCUUUCCAGAUCUAGUAUGCGAGACUGCGUACGAACUUUUUUAUUCACGACUUGGGCAACAUACUAGCGUUGGAAAUUAUUGGAAUGAUCCUCAUCAUCAGACAUUGUAUUAUAAGUACAGCAAAUUUUUGCCAUAUGUGAAUAACGAAGCUGUCAUUGUCAACAACGCUGACUACAAAGAGGGCCUGACUAAAUUGAAACGUAUGAUACUUAUCGGAGGACCAGAUGAUGGAGUCGUCACUCCAUGGCAAAGCAGUCACUUUGGAUAUUACAAUAAUAACGAGACUGUGAUAGAAAUGCGUGACAGAUCUAUUUAUAAAAAUGACACCAUUGGUUUAAAAACAUUAGAUAAACAAGGAAAGUUAAAAAUCAUUACUGUACCAGGAAUUUCUCAUACCGAAUGGCACAAAAAUAUUUCUAUAGUAGAUAAAUUUUUAUUACCAUAUUUAGAUUAAACUUAGUGAAAUGUAAUUAAAUUAAAUUAAAUAGUAAAAUUUAUGAAAUAUAAUAAUUGGCAGUCCAAAGAAUCAUUAUACCAAUUUAUACCAAAUGAUUUAAACAAUUACAAAUUUACUUUUUUCUUACAUUUUCUUGCCUUAUAAUUUGUAUUAAAAUUAGAUUAAUAUAAUUUUAUGAGGGAGAAACAUAUAGCACUAAAUUAUCUUAUGCAUAUAUACUGUAUAAUCUAUGCUAUUCAUUACAACUACAUGCAUCUUUUUUGUAACGGAAUUAUGUAUAUUUACGUGCAUUUACGACGUAAUACUCAAUGUUUUAAAAAAGAUUAUUUAUUAUAAAUAUCUGUAUUUCAAAUUGUUUAUAUAAUGUUUAUAUAUGCCAAUAAGAAAAUACUUGUAAUUGUUAUCAAUACACACUUACAUAUGUAAUUGUUAUCAAUAAAUUUAUUGAGAUUCGUCUAUUAC